UUUUCCAUCAUUAACUCAAGUAUCUUUUCCAUAUUUCAAGAUUGUUUUUACUUUUGUCUAUAAAUAUGAGUAAGAUGUCGCACGAUCAAUUUUACAGCUACCUUCUUCACAUUUUUACAAUCAAUUUGUGUUACAACAACCAAGAACAAAUGGCAGAAGGAAUAGUAUUUAGCAUUGCCGGGAAAAUCUUGAAAGAGUUAGGGUCCUUGGCUGUCCAAGAAGGCAAAUUGGCAUGGGGUGUUAAUGAUGAGAUUCGAAAACUCAACAACACUAUCAACACUAUCAAACUUGUUCUUCUCGAUGCUGAGGAGCAACACAGCAAAAUGAACCACGUGGUGAUAGAUUGGAUUCAGAGGCUCAAAGGUGCAUUUUAUGAGGCAGGUGAUUUGCUAGACGAUUUCUCUAUUGAACUUCAACGGCGAGAGGUAAUGACUGGAAAUAAAUUGAUAAAAGAGAAAUUAAAGGGAUGGUGGAGGAGAGAUAUGGAUAAUGGAGCAGAAUUUCCUUCGUUUUCGUCUCUUUCCAAAUUAGAUGCCCAGACUUGCCCCAUGUUGACGUUCAUGCCGCUGUAUCCAUCCCUGGAAGAACUAAAAUUGCGUCAGACUAGCUCGAAACCGUUGGAACAGACGAUGAUGUUGAUGAACAGAGUGGGAGCAUCAACUUCCUCAAGCUUUUCUGCCCCUCUCUCCAAUUUAAAGUCCAUGCUUAUUUUAAGAAUUCUCGAUCUAGAAUCGCUACCAGUGGAAAUGAUGCAAAACCUCACUUCUCUAGUGGAUUUUAAAAUUUUGCCAUGUCCAAGACUUAAUGAAGUGGAGCAAGCUGUAAAAUUUCUUCCCUCUCUCCAAAAUCUGACUCUUAGAUCCGAUGAAGAACUUUACUUGCUUAGUGAUGACAUGAAAUGGAAAAAUCUCCGGAGGACGGUUCUUGGUAACAUUCCUGCUUAUAGAUGAGUUCAGAAGAUAUUCUUCUUCUUCAACAGAGCAUGAACUUUUACCUUCUUCUUAUUUUCUGAAUUUCCCAAAACUGCUUGGAGGCUUUCAGGAACCCAAACAUGUUCAUUAAGACAAG